AUGGCUGUCUUUCGAGACCAGCUUGCCGAAUCGGUCGAACAGUUGGACCGUCAAUACGACGAACUGCGGGACGCUGCUCAGAGACGCCUGGGUGAGCUUUUUCACCCAGGCGAUUAUCCGCCCAGCCUCGUCGGCCAGUUUGCGAUCGAGCACGACUUUCCCAGUGUCGAACCGCCCAAUUACCUCAAGACCCUGAAUCCCGGUCUUUAUCGGGCAGAAUGUGAAAGGAUGCAGUCCCGUUUCGACGAAGCGGUCCACCUCGCCGAAACGGCAUUCACCGAGGAGUUGACCAAACUGGUCGACCAUCUCACCGAACGCCUCAGUGGCAGUGAGGACGGAAAACCUAAGGUGUUCAAGAAUUCGGCGAUCGACAACCUAGUAACCUUCUUCAUGCGGUUCCGCCAACUGAACAUUGGCUCGAAUCAGGAACUGGAAGAGUUGGUUGAGCAGGCCCAACAAGCGGUUCGCGGCGUACUGCCUCAGCAGCUCCGGGAAGAUCAAUCCCUGCGGCAACGGCUGGCCGGCCAGAUGUCGGCUGUCCAGGAGCUAGGCAUGCAGAUUAUCGUCAAACCGGAUGGUUCGUCUCACUGUUUGUACAGCGAGUUCGUCGAUCUUCACGCUCUGGGCAAGCUCGCGAUCGCCCGGGGAAGCCAUGUCGAGCCUACUGCUGACGGCCAGUGGACGGCAGACCUGUCGCCGGUCGCUGGCCCCGUGCUCGGGCCGUUUCCAAGUCGAAGCGAUGCCCUCGACGCCGAACGGGCCUGGCUCGAAGAGCAUUGGCUACCACGGGCCACGUAG